UGGAUGCUCACGUGAAGAUGGAUGUAGCGAUCGGGCUGCUGGGGCUGCUGACGGUUCUGCUGGAGGGCAGCUCCGGGCAAGGGGUGUACGCCCCCCCCACCGUGCGUAUUGUGCACUCAGGCCUGGCGUGCAACAUCGAGGAGGAGCGCUACUCGGAGAGGGUCUACACCAUCCGCGAGGGAGAGACGCUGGAGCUGACCUGCCUGGUCACCGGCCAUCCCCGACCACAGAUCAGGUGGACCAAAACAGCGGGAAGUGCCUCUGACAGAUUCCAAGACUCGAGUGUCUUCAAUGAAACGCUGCGGAUAGCCAACAUCCAGCGCCACCAAGGAGGCCGCUACUACUGCAAGGCCGAGAACGGCCUGGGGUCACCGGCCAUCAAGUCCAUCCGAGUGGACGUGUACUAUCUGGAUGACCCAAUAGUGACGGUCCACCAGAGCAUCGGCGAAGCGAAAGAGCAGUUUUACUAUGAGAGAACUGUGUUCCUCAGGUGCGUGGCCAACUCCAACCCGCCCGUCCGGUACAGCUGGAGACGUGGCCAGGAGGUGCUGCUGCAGGGCUCCGAUAAGGGAGUAGAGAUCUACGAGCCCUUCUUCACACAGGGGGAAACGAAGAUCCUGAAGCUGAAGAACCUCCGACCUCAGGACUACGCCAACUACAGCUGCAUCGCCUCAGUGAGGAAUGUCUGCAGCAUCCCUGAUAAGAUGGUGUCCUUCCGACUCUCCAACAAAACAGCAUCCCCUUCUAUUAAGCUCCUGGUGGAUGACCCGAUAGUGGUGAAUCCUGGAGAAGCAGUCACCCUGGUCUGUGUGACAACAGGAGGGGAGCCAGCCCCCAGCCUGACGUGGGUAAGGUCUGCCGGUGGCCUGCCUGAGAAGACAGUCCUCAAUGGCGGAACACUGACCAUACCUGCCAUUGCAUCAGAGGAUGCUGGCACCUACAGCUGCGUCGCCAAUAACAACGUUGGAAAUCCUGCAAAAAAAUCCACCAACAUCAUCGUAAGAGCCUUAAAAAAAGGACGUUUCUGGAUCACCCCUGACCCAUACCACAAAGACGACAACAUCCAGAUUGGGCGAGAGGUGAAAAUCUCCUGCCAGGUGGAAGCUGUCCCUUCGGAGGAGCUCACCUUCAGCUGGUUUAAAAAUGGGCGGCCCUUGCGAAGCUCUGAAAGGAUGGUCAUCACACAGACCGACCCCGACGUGUCGCCUGGCACCACCAACCUGGACAUCAUUGACUUGAAAUUCACAGACUUUGGGACAUACACUUGUGUCGCGUCUCUGAAAGGAGGUGGUAUAUCGGAUAUCAGCAUUGAUGUCAAUAUCUCCAGCAGUACAGUCCCACCCAAUCUGACUGUUCCUCAAGAAAAGUCCCCCCUGGUGACACGGGAAGGAGACACGAUCGAGCUGCAGUGCCAGGUGACGGGGAAGCCCAAGCCCAUCAUCCUGUGGUCCCGCGCCGACAAGGAGGUCGCGAUGCCAGACGGCACGAUGCAGAUGGAGAGCUACGAUGGCAUCCUGAGGAUAGUGAACGUGUCCAGGGAGAUGACAGGCACCUACAGGUGCCAGACCAGCCAGUACAACGGGUUCAACGUGAAACCCAGAGAAGCUCUGGUGCAGCUCAUCGUACAGUACCCCCCUGCCGUGGAGCCGACUUUCCUGGAGAUCCGGCAGGGCCAAGGCCGGAGCAUCACCAUGAGCUGCCGGGUGCUGCGCGCCUACCCGACGCGGGUGCUGACCUACGAAUGGCGGCUGGGCAGCAAGCUGCUGCGCACAGGGCAGUUUGACCUGCAGGACUCCACCGAGUACACCGUCAGCAGCCUCUCCCGUGACAGCUACGGCGUCUACAACUGCAACAUCAUCAACGAAGCGGGAGCCGGCCGCUGCAGCUUCCUGGUCACAGGCAAGGCCUAUGCCCCAGAGUUCUACUAUGACACAUACAACCCGCUGUGGCAGAACCGGCCCCGUGUGUACUCCUACAGCCUGCAGUGGACCCAGAUGAACCCCAACGCUGUGGACCGCAUCCUCGCCUACCGCCUGGGAAUUAGGCAGGCUGGGCAGCAGCGUUGGUGGGAACAGGAAAUUACAGUGAAUGGUAAUAUACAAAAGGGAGAAUUAAUUACCUACAAUUUAACUGAGCUGAUCAAGCCGGAGGCAUACGAAGUCCGUCUGACACCAAUCACUAGAUUUGGAGAAGGGGACUCCACUAUUCGGGUCAUCAAGUAUAGUGCUCCAGUAAAUCCACACCUACGAGAGUUCCACUGUGGGUUUGAGGAUGGUAACAUUUGCCUUUUCACUCAAGACGAUACGGACAACUUUGACUGGACAAAGCAAAGCACUGCCACUAGAGACACAAAAUACACCCCCAACACGGGGCCAAACGCAGACCGGACCGGCUCCAAGGAAGGUUUCUACAUGUACAUUGAGACGUCGCGCCCCAGGCUGGAAGGGGAGAAGGCCCGACUCGUCAGUCCUGUUUUCAGCGUUGCUCCAAAAAACCCCUAUGGAGCUACAAAUACAGCCUACUGUUUUAGCUUCUACUAUCACAUGUAUGGACAGCACAUAGGAAGCUUGAAUGUUUACCUACGGCUGAAAGGCCAGACCACAAUAGAGAACCCCUUGUGGUCUUCAAGUGGAAAUAAGGGCCAGCACUGGAACCAAGCCCGUGUCAAUAUCAACCCCCCGACUUCAUUCCAGCUUAUAUUUGAAGGGAUCCGGGGCCCAGGCAUCGAAGGAGACAUUGCUAUUGAUGAUGUAUCAAUUGUGGAAGGAGAGUGUAUGAAAUCCGACCAGCCGGCCAACAAUUUACGAUCAGGUGCUGUUGGGACAUUAGCGCAUAUACGACUUAUCCCUGUUACCAUCCUCAUGUUUGUCUUAAGUCAUCAGAGGUGACCUUAUCCUGGCAGAGGCUACAAAAGAUUCACCAGGCACUGGCAUGAAGAAAGAGUCUUUGUAAAAUGGACAUUUAAAAACAAACUACCAAAGAUUCCUCCACUGACUGACUCAAAAGUUAAAUAAAUACAUAAAUAAAUACUAAAAAAAAAAUAAACAAAAAAAACAAAACACAAAACAGUUAAAAAGCACUGGGGACAUAAAAGGCGUCAUGGGAGUGUAACUCACUAUGAACCACACGUGAGAAUGAGAUCUGGCCUAAGUGAGGAAGAGACCUUCAGGUGCUUUUGUGGUCAAUAACGAAUACAGCAUCAUCUGGUUGAACUCUCGGAACAGAGCGAUAGAAACCCUUGUCAAAGCACAAAGUCAUGGCUGGUUUUGUUUCAAAUGAAUAGUUUGCUUGUUACCAUGGAAACCUAAUGGCCUGCCAAAAAAAAAAGAAAAAAAAGGAGGAGAGAGAGGAAAAGAUAAAAUUAAAACAGAGAGCAACACCUCACUGUAAACAGGGUAUGUGAAGAGCUGGCAUUCAUUUUCCCUUUGAGAAGGAUUUUAGUGUAGAGUUAAAAACAUGUAGGCCCUUUCGCCGUUGGCUGUCACCUCCCCUAGAGAGUAACCCCGAAUCAGAGCUGUUUUAAGACAUUUCCGUUUCAUUUCUCAUGGCUAUGCUCGAUAACGGUAUGCUGUCUCCUUUUGCAUGCAUUACGAUCCAGGAUGUGUGACCUGGGCUUACAUAUGACACAGGCUUAUCGGAGCUUGCUUGCGGCCACUCGAACACCCCUCUCCCCUCCCCAACUGAGUCAUCUGUUCUAAUGAAGUGAAGAAACCAAACCACCAUCUUUUAUAAAUUGCCAUGGAAACCAAGUGCCUUCAAUGAAACAAGCCUGAUUUAAAAGUAUAUGUAGAAUAAUAAUAAUUUCAACACAGAAGCUUGCACUGCUAAAAUGUGGUUUGUGCAAACUAUUUUCUAAACAAACUACGGAGCCCGACUGCAGGCGAAGGAAGCAAAGCCGCUCCUGGAGGUGGAUGGACCUGAGCUGCUGCGUAAGCCCUCUUGGACGAGCUAUCUGUUGAUUAACCUUCCAGACAGCCAUGGCCUUUCAGCUUAUUACCCAUUAGAAAAUAGCUUCCGUUGGUCCUGGAAAUGGGAGCAGCGCUUUUUAUUUGUUCCUUUCAGGUGAUCAGGUGGGUCAACCAGAGGAAGAGGUGGCGGAGAUGCACUUGGCGCAGGCGGCCCCGAGGCCACGCGGGCACAGCGCUGCGCUCUGUGGGCACAGCCCGACAUGGGGCUGCUGCUGCUGCUGCUGCUGCAGGGAAGUCAGAGUUCCACUUGUGCAACAAAACACACGUGGGUUUGGAGCUGCCCCGACACGUACCGAUAGCCAGCCGGUUUUCCACAGCAUUGUAAAUUUCCCUGACAGUUGGUUAUGACAAUUUGAAGACCUUUUUCCUUAAAUUAUCUCAGCUUUUAACUUCAUUUAAAAAAAAAACAAAAAGACUUUUGUCAAAAGAGGAGUAUUAUUAUUAUAAUGAUGAUAAUGAUGAUUAUUACUUGUUCUCUCAACACCCUAGGAUUAAAAAUAAAACCAACCUGAUAUGCAAGGAAUUGGAGUACCAACAUGAAAACAAACCAACAAACAGCAUCAUAUUUACAAACAUGAGUAUCAAAAGCACAACGAGAUGCAGUACAACAAUGACAAGGCUUGAUUUUAUUUUAUUUUAUUUUUUAAUUUUUUUUUCUUUUUUUUUUUUUUUAUUCUGUAGAGAAAUGUUUGUGCAAAAUUCAGUAAUUCAACUGAAGAGAUAAUUUUACAGCUAUGUUCAAUAAAGCCUCUUUCCAGGUAAGGUAUGCCAAGUGGUGCGUGUGUUUGUUGGGCGCUGUGCACGGGGUGCUGCUGGGCUGAUGCAUUGGUGCUGCUGUCUGUGGAUGGAAGCACAGCCCAUGGUGCUGGCCAAGGACACUGUUGGUGCUGCUUUGGAGGUGCUUUGUGGUGUCUGAUGCCCGGGCUGCAGCAAAAAAGCUGCUCUAGAGGACAGCGCGAGCCCAGAGCUUGGAUGGACUGUGGGGUUUGGCACCGUGAGUGUUUGUAAAUAAAAGGAAAUUUCCCACUGGAAUCAUUGGAUUUUAAUUGUGGACCUGAGAGCCGAGUUGGAUGCAGCAAGACCCUGACCGGAGCUUUGCUUAGCAGGUUGGUGUGGCUCAGGAUUUGAGGUCUGUGGAAAUGGGCCCUCCAUGCACAUCUGCCUGAAAGCCAAUAGACUGCAGUGCAUGCGAGGGACCCCCCCCCAGGGCACUGCUGGGGCCACUCUGCUCACAGCCAUGGCUCCAGAGCCCUGCCUAGAGGAACACAGACCUCAGUGUGUUCCAUGUUGUGUUUCCUAUUAUACCCUUGCUCAUCAUCAGAGCAGGUCUGAUGCAGUGGGGAAUAUGGAAAUAGCGGCCAGCUGUCAGUCAUUCUUAUGUAAUGUGAGAACCAUUCCAUUCCCUUGAAAAUGCUGUCCCUCACAUUGGUUCUUUCAAAACAAGACUCAAGGUCCAUGGAUUUGGGCACCUGUUGGUCAGCUUGGGCCAGGAUAAGUGACCCCAAAGUGGCCGCUGCUGCGUGUCACUGAACUGGAAGUUGUGCAUUUGUGGGGACCGCAGGCUAAGACUGAAAGCUGAAAUCCCCAUUCCUUCCUCGUAUUUUGAGUCUUCUUUCCUCAGUGGAGGACCAGGAUGAAUAUUGAAUGAAAGCUUUCAGUUGAUGGCCAGAGACCAAAGUUGUCUUUCUCGGGGCAGGAUGAACUGAAGGGCAGGUGGUUGUGUGGAAGGGAACUUGCUUGCCCUGCCUCUUUCAGUGCCGUUCUGCUUACAUGGGUGCAGAAGCAGUUGCUAAGAAAGGUAUUUUUUCUCUUUCAGACAUUGGUUUAGUACAGCGUUGUCUUCCUUUACAUCCCUAACCUAAGGCACUGAAAAGGCAGUGGGAUUUUAUCUUGGGCUACAAACAAAUAGAUAAAAGAUAGGCAUUUCCUAGUCUCUCUAUAUAUUUCAUUUCAAUGUGAAAAUGAAUAAGUAUUUGUAAAAGUGUUAGAUGACUUCUAGACAGAGAGCUGCUGUUGGUUUCUCAGGUACCCCAUCUAGUAACAUCCCUGACUUGUUUUUAAAUGGUUCCUCAAUACGUAACUGUGCAAAAGUGGACUUAGAGCAGCAAGAGCAGCUGGCUGCUGGGAUCAGCCUGGUUCUUAGGGAGCCAGCUCUGGGAGCCAGCUGGGUGUUCCCAUGGCAGAGGUAAAUUGACCUCACGAUGAAGUUGGCAGUGAUUUUUAUUCAUCUUGGGAUGGCCUGGGAGAGCAAGGACAUUACUGGAGCAUUCCCCUUUUGUAGCAAAGGAGCGUUAAUUCGUUCACAAAGCAUGCAGUUUGAAUGGGAAAUCCCACAUACAAUUGCUAAGAACUCUGAUCUCACCGUGCUACCAGCCACUGCUUCCCCAGCCAGCUCCAGCCAGGUGUGGGUCCUGGAUAGGACACGAGGGGAUAAAAGAGCAGAGACUUCAAGGGGGCAAACACAUCACAAAACACAUUACAAAAGCACCAUUAAGACAAAGGCAAGGAGCAGGUCCCGGAGAGCCUGUCAAAGUGCUGAUGCCUUGUGUGAUAAAAAUAAAAGCAUUUGCUCAUGGAUGUUGCACAGACACCGAGUGCCUGAAUUUCCACUGUGUUCACCGAUGUAAAUGGCACCAUUCGGUGUGUGAGCAGCUCCUGAGGCAAUGAGAGGCUCCAAACUUUAGAACAGAGCUGAGAAGUGAUAGCAUCAGCUCUGUUCAAAUUUGGUUUCAUCGACCUCCUUCGGGGUCAGUGAGAGCCAGGUAGUCAGAACGAUGGGAUUUUCUUCACCCCUGCUGGAUGAGGCUCUGCUGCUUCAUUAUUGGAGGGUUUACUCAUUGGUGGUGUUUUUUCACGUACCUGAGGAUGGUUUAAAUGCUCUUCCUGCCCAGAAGGAACUGCUGUCCAUUGGAAGAAUGUCUCUAUAUGGGAGCUUGAUAACAAAGUUAGUCUCAUAUUAUAACCAUCUUUGCCUGUAUAUGCCAUUGAUAAAGUUAGAGGCCAUUAGGAUUAAUUCUUACAUUUUCCUAUAAAAGACCUAUGCAAGAAACUUAUUAUAUUUCCAAUUAUUAUUAUUUUUUAAUUAUUAUUGCGGUUAUUAUUUUUUGUAAGCAGCACCACAGGAACAUGCUCUGUCAUUUAUGGCUGCACCACCGUAAUGGAAGCAUCAGUCCCAGCAGAGAGGAGUUAAACUCGCAGGCACUGCCCAUUGCGUUCCUGUGUGCCAAGGAGUGCACUGCCCCAUGGCUCAUGCAGUCAUUCAGUUGAGGGAUGUUUGGUCUUUAGAAGUUUGAGGGCAUCUUUUGCCUGAGCUCUGCCCCCAGCAUCUCCCUAUAGUUCCCACGGGAACACAUCCCAGCACACAUGGGCUGGGAUGGGGCUUAGAGUGGGGAAGGACAUGUGGGGCACACAUCAUAGGCCUUAAAGCCAAUUAAAAGCUGGAAGGGGAACGAUUCAGUUGUGUUUUGCCUUCUGUGCUGCUUAUAAGGCCAUUGCAAAGCCUCACUGUUGGGAGAUUCCUGACCUCCCCCCUCUUAUUGCCAACAUGGAGGUGUUCACAGCCACUUUGGUGUCACUUGUUCUGUGCCAGCAGCUUUACAUGUCUAGUGUUAAACUCCUCCUGCUCUGGGCUCCUAGACCACUUUCAGAUCCCUUUUUGACUGUUUUUGGCCAAGCUACAGCACUGGUUUCUCUGGUUUAGUAAAGAUACAUAAUAAUAACCAGGAGCUAUCAUUAACCCGAGUACAGGACACAUGGGGAUAGUACAACCUAUGUGAUGGACUAAAAUAUGACAGUUCACCAUUGUAUCUGUCAGGACUGUGGAGUCUGUACACUGAAUUUUAUACUAAGGGAAGGAUGCUGUAUUUAUUUAUUUAUUUUCCCCAGAACAGAACAUCUACAGCAGGUGUAGAUCGCAUCCAACUUACAUGGGUUUUUCUGGAAUGAGGCUUCAGUGAUGACACAAAGGUUUUGCUUUCAUAAAACAGCAUUUUAUUCACCCUUCUCAGAGGAACGGCUGUGAUAUAAUGAGGCAAUUCAGGUGACAGCAAACUGAUAAGUCAUCAGAGGCAGAACGGACUCAUGCCUGGGGGGAUACUUUGAUCCUCUCACUCACAAGCAUAGAAGUUCAGCAGUAGCUCCUGGCCCAACUCAUUGAGAGCAGCCCCAGCGUGUUCAUUACAGUUGGUGUUAGGCACCUGACAAGCAGUGGUGCAUCCAUAGGAAGGUCAGUCAUAUUCAUGCUCCUCCAUAGAUGUGUCCAUACAUCUUCAUAGCCACACCUAAAGCAGUCUCUCCUAUCUGGCUCUUUGUGACAUGGUCAGGUUUCCCCCUGUUGAACACAGCCUUAUUAGAGCCAACCGAGGAUCUACGACAGGUGAAAUGCAGCCAAUUUCCUCACAUUUCUAUUCUUCAUAUGUUGUUUUUGUUUUUCAUUGAGAAAGAGACUUGAGUGUUGGCAGGUGCUUGGACAGAUGAGUAUUAAUGCCACUUUGCUCACGGUUAAGGUCAGAGCCAACAAGUGGAGAAAUGCCGCUGCUGAUGCUUUGGAACCCAGGAUCUUUGCAUGCCACAAGUCUUCACCUUCUGCAGGCUGGAGUUUUGCACUCCUCCACCCAUGAGGAAGAAACAGGAACUCCACAGCAACCAUGACUGUAAAACGUUGGGUGGUUUGUGACAGAUAUGACCACAAAAGGGACAGAGGAAACACACGUUUCUGUGAGUAGGAAUUAGCAGCCUCAGCACCUUCUCAGGAAAGAUCAGACGCGCUUCUGCUUGCACAUUGCCAAUUGCAAGGGGUUGAAAUCUGUGUGUUUGUUUGUGUAAAUAGUAUAUAAAUAACUGUAAUUGUAUGUAUUUAAUGUAUAUAUAAUGAUUAUUACAUUUUAACUAUCUCAAGUAUUGUAUAUAGCCAAACUUGGUCUCUUAUUUUACUAGAACACCCACUGUAGAUUUAUUUUUUGUCAUUGUUGUUAAUGUAUCUGGUUAAAUUACAAACUGGUCUUACUUUUACCUCAAAGGAUAUAUGUUCUUUAUGUACAUUUUAUAAAGAAAAAGAAAGAAAUCA